AUGGAUAUCAUACGGAGAUCAUGGAAAUUACAAGAGUUUGUCGCCCACAAGGCAAAUGUCAACUGCCUGGCAAUGGGACACAAAUCGAAUCAAGUAUUGGCUACUGGAGGCGAUGACAAAAAAGUUAAUUUAUGGGCAAUUGGGAGACAAGGUUGCUUAAUGAGUCUGAGUGGACAUACAACACCAGUAGAAUGUGUGUGUUUUGGACAUUCAGAAGACUUAGUGUGUGCUGGUUCUCAAACAGGUGCCUUAAAAAUAUGGGACUUAGAAGCUGCUAAACUACUAAGAACAUUCACAGGACACAAAGGCGCAAUUAAAUGCAUGGAUUUCCAUCCUUAUGGUGAUUACUUAACCACCGGCUCAUGUGAUAGUAAUAUUAAACUAUGGGAUACAAGGAAGCGUGGGUGUAUUGUCACAUAUUCUAGCCAUCGACUUGCAGUCAACAGUCUUCAGUUUAGUCCUGAUGGUCAGUGGAUAGCAUCUGCAUGUGAAGAUGGUCUAGUGAAGGUAUGGGAUGUAAGAGUAGGCAAAGUUUUGCAAGAGUUCAUAGAGCACACAGCAGCUGUGACUUGUGUUAAGUUCCACCCUCAUGAGUUCCUCCUAGCCAGCUGUGGUGCUGACAGAACUGUUAAUUUCUGGGACAUGGAAAAAUUCCAAUUGGUAUCUAAAUUUGAAAAAGAUAACACAUCUAUAAGACAUAUGACGUUUAGUGAUGAUGGAGCAACAUUACUGGGUUGUGGGAAUGAUGGUCUACAUGUGAUAGGCUGGGAACCAGCCAGAGUUCUCGACACUGUUAGUGGCCAUUGGGGACAGAUACACGACAUCACAGUUGCUCAAACACAACUUAUUGCAGGCUCAUUCUAUUCGACAUAUGUCGUCUUAUCCGUUGUUGAUCUCAAUAAAGUUCAUCCUUUCGGAGGGCCUCCUCCUGCUGCCCCAACACUUGUGAGGGAUCUCUCGCCAUUCCAAAAGGGUCACUCUGUGCGUAAAAGUUUUUCUAAAGAGAAACCACCUAAAGAAGUGAUGCACAGACCAACAUUGUUAGAUGAGAAAACAGCAGAGGAAUCUACGUCCGGGACGGAGGCAGAUGAAGAAUCAGGUGCUGUAAUCCCUAAUUUAAAUGACUACACUGAAAUAUUUCGACCCAGCAGAGCUUUGACACGAACUCCACCUCCAGCCACAAGCUUGUCAUCCGAGGAUUUUCCAAUAACAGGGGAGGAGGCGCCGGGCCCGUGCGCGGCGAGCGCGUCCCUGCGGGAGCUGUCGCUGGCGUCGCGCAUCCCCACCGCCGCGCCGCUCGCCGCCCGGCCGCACGGGUUCGCGGGGAUGGUAGACAACAAAGAUGAAAGCUUAUUUACUUGUAGACAAGCAGCUGCGAUGAAUGACUAUUCUUCUAAUGUACUCACAACUACCUCCUUAAAUCGACAUAAUUCAUAUAAAGAAACAAAAUCUACUACAGAUUUAACCUCAAACACUCUCCGGCAAAGUAAUAGUGAGAUGUCAUUAGGUCCGCCAUCACUUGGACCUAGAUCAUUAUCAUUCACAAGACCACAAAGCCAGAAUAGAGCGCGUGCAGAUAGUGGCGCCAGCGGAGCGCGCGAGGCCCGAGAGGCGCGUGAGGCCCGAGAGGCGCGUGAGGCCCGAGAGGCCAGAGAGGCACGCGAAGCGCGUGAGGCCCAAAAGGCACGCGAAGCGCGUGAGGCCCAAAAGGCGCGAGAGGCGCGUGAGGCACAAAAAGCGCGAGAGGCGCGCCAGGUUGUAGCCGUAGAGCGUGACGCGGAACCGGAGUUCGUGCCCUACUCCAUCGAUCGCCCCGUCGGCCUCGAUCUCGAUGAGUUCCUGCCCCGCGGCGCGGCGGGCGGCGCGGGGCGGCGCGCGGCUCGGGGCGGCGCCGAGCCCAGCGAGCAGGAGGUGCUGGGCGUCAUGAUGCGCGGCCACGACUCCAUGAUGGCCGUGCUCGCGGCGCGCCAGAGGGCGCUGCAGAUAUUUCAUUCAGUAAGAAUAAACAAGAGUUUAAAAUCUGCUUUAGAAUCUGUGAUAGCUUUAGAAGAUGCAUCUGUAAUAUUGGAUAUUCUAAACGUGAUGGCGCAUAAACCAUCUUUAUGGAAUUUGGACAUAUGUCUUUUAAUGCUGCCUAAAAUAUAUGAAUUGCUCCAAAGCAAAUACGAAUCAUACAUGCAAUGUGGCUGCAAUGCUUUAAGGCUAAUUGUGCGGAAUUUCUCGUCGGUUGUACGUGCUAAUGUCAGUGCACCGGUCCGAACACUUGGUGUUGACAUACCAAGAGAAGAACGUUACACGAAAUGUGUACAAAUACAUCGACUAUUGCUAGAUAUACGUGCUUUCCUUCUAAAAAGACAAACCCUGCAAGGUCGCCUCGGUGCCGCCUUCCGCGAUCUCCAUACAUUAAUGCAACAAGGGCUCGACUGAUGAAAUGGCACUAAUGUACCUCGACGGACAUUAUUUUUCAAACCUCUCACUGUUAUACAAAAAUCUGUUUCAAAUGUACUUAAACAUUUUAUCAUUAGCAUGUAAGAUUUAUUUAAAAUUUUAUUAGUCUAAAUUAAUUUUAUUUUUGUUGAAUUAUCGAAGAUGCCAUAUACAUUAUUUAGCACAUCAUGCACAACACAUUCUUUGAGACUCAGAACUUUUGUGAUAUACGGCACUUUCAAUAUGCAAACAUUGCUAAAAAUUGAUAAUAAUAAUUGUCUAAGAAAAUUAUAUCUCAUCUGUAUUUAGGUAUAUGAAAACUAAAAUAUAAUUUAUUGGUAUGUAUUUAAUUUACUAGACUGACAUUAACAAUUUUAAACUAUAUUUUUAAGAAUUGGAAUAAAAUCAUGAACAUUAA